GAAGCGACGCCGGCACAGCGAACCGGAGGAAGGGCCAUCUAGGCCUCGCUCGGCCCCAAUCUUACAUAAGAAUGUUAACAAUCCCUCGGCAUCCAUCAUGCUUGCGCCACAUUUUGCGGAGGACAUUGAUAUCUUCAACCGUCACAUUUCGCAACACCGAAAAGCUGGCGGUGAGACCGAGCACUCCAACUACCAGACCUUGUUGCAUGAUGCUAAAGAUCCGGUCGUGUAUCUUACGGUGCCGAGGUUUCGAACCGGUCUACCGCCCAACAGCGGCUGUGGAAGAGAGCAAGUGGAAAUUGUAGAACAGAUCAUGGGACCCUUUAGGCGGGAAGUCGUCGAACUCUACUUCAGCGAGAUCCACUUUCAUCUCCCCAUUCUAGAUGACGAGAUGUGUGAAACGCUACGAACGGACCAAUACGCCAAAGUGCCAAACAACCUGAUGUGUGUCAUCUAUGCACUUGCAUCGGCGCAUUGGGCCAAAUCAGAUACACUCAAGAUGCAUCCUAAGCCAAAUUCAUAUUACGUUUGGAACAAGGCCAUUUCAGCGACUCUGGAAGAUUUCCUUAGCCCGGGAAUGUCAACCAUACAGGCCGCAGUGCUCGAUCAAGUCGGCCGUCCUUCGGUUUCCAUUAUCGGCAACAUCACUCUCUGUGGACGGACUGUAUCCUUGGCACAAACUUUCGGCCUUCAUAGAGAUCCCUCAAAAUGGUCAAUUACAGAAAACGAAAAGUCGCUCCGAAUACGGCUCUGGUGGUGCGUUCUCAUCACCGACCAAUGGUCUAGUGUAGCAUAUGGCGCGCCCCCUUAUGUUUCGAAAGGCUACUACGACGUUCCGCGGCCAACCGUCACAUCACUCAUCGGAAAUAGGGCCAGCCCACAGCAGAAGCAAGCUACUACUUGUUUCAUAUAUUUAUGUGGCCUAACCGAAUUACUCGCGGAAAUCUUGCCUUUUGUCUAUCAGAUCAACCCAGACCGACUACAGCUUUCCCGGGAAAUCGAUCGCUUCAAACUAGAAUUGAACAACUUGGAAUCACAGCUUCCCGAAUGGCUUCCUCUACCAAAUCGCCCAGGAACUGCUAUGCUUUGGCUCUCAUUUCUCUCAAUCAGACUUGUUCUUGCCCGUGUAAUCUUCCGCGCAGCAGUUCUCGAUGGUGAUGGCAGCAUUGGCCGAAAUCGCAUGGACCAAUUACGUAUCGCAUCUUCGGCUGUUCUCGACUUCAUACUUGCUAUGGGCGAAGCCCAGUUUUUGGACUUUUGGCUGCCAUACGCAACUCACCUCUUGGUGCAUGCCAUCACGGUAUCACUUCGCUGCACCGUCGAGACGCAGGAUUCCGAAAUACGAAAUACGUCUGUCACACGCCUUGAGCGCGUCAUUGCGCACAUCCAGCAUGCUCGGGACAACUUUGAGUGGGACAUUGCAAAUUACUGUCUGGAACGGUGCGCCGAUCCAGUAUCAAAGAUUGCCUCACUAAAUGCAAGAGAAGUACCACAACCAUCGGAAACAGAGCCUACAAGCGUCAUCUCAAAUGGCAAUGGGACUGAAAUGCAUACGAUGCCUAACUUUGAUGACGCUUCUUUCCUGCUGUCGGACAUCUUAGAUCCCAACGCAUUCGAUUUCUCCUGGGAUGCGUUGUGGGACACCCCGUCUGGCAUGACAAAUUUUUCCAUCUGAGAGUAGAUGAGCGGCGAGGUACAACGACUUGGAAAAAGGAAAAAACUGGAAGUUUCAGUGCGAAACGAUCUAUCAACUAAUACUAUGCUAAUGAGCGGAAAUGAUUUGUUAUGCUUCUUCCUCCAUGUAGGUAGUUAUUCUAACGAAGAUUCUACGAUCAAGUAUGAUAGGCAUGUAAAAAUUUGCUGUGCAAAUUAGAUUCAUUUCAGACUUUUGACAUUGCC